AUAUAAUAAUACCAAGAACGUGGCAAAACUUUAACUUUACCCUCGAUUCCUCAAACUCUCCUUCUCUCUCCUCCAUUACACAAAGACCCAACUCCAUUUUCUUCCCCCUUUUCUCUGUAUUCUCCUCCACCACAAUUUUGGAAGAGAGAGCUCACUCCCUUCUUCCUUCCUUCCAUUAUAUAUCUCCCACUUCAACUAUUCGGAACUGUCAGUCGAUUGUUGAUUAAGGGCUGUACAGAAACCCUAAAGUACUGAUCUUUGCGGACCUUCAGGGUUCUUUGGUAAAGAUUUUAAUGGAAGAGAGGCUUUCAUGAGUCGGAGAUGCUACUCUGGUUUUGAGUUUUGAUUGAUCAAAAGAAAUUUGCAGUUUCUUAAAUGGAUUCGAGAUCUAUUAGUAAACUAAUGGUAGAAAGCACAUGUGACGAUGAUGCCACAAAAAGCAGCAGCUGCUUAGAGCCUGCAACUCCAACAAAAUCAACCGAAAAGAUGGAAAUAGAGUCUAAAAAGUCAAACCAGAAAUGUUUAGGUGAUAAAAUAGAGACUGAAGAUACAUUUGAUCCAGAAAAGAGUUUAUCGGGUCAAGGAACUUCAAAAAACAGCUCGGUAUCUGGUAAAUUAAGUGAUGGAGUGAGCAGCAUUACAAUAACAAGUGGGAGUAGUAAAAUGAAUGAAAGGAUGGAUCUUGUUGAGAGUGGUAAGAGCAGUAUGUGUAGAGGAAGCACAAGCACGGAUGUAAGUGAUGAAAGCAGUUGUAGCGGUUUAAGCAGCAGUGUGAGCAAACCGCAUAAAUCAAACGAUUCAAGAUGGGAAGCGAUCCAGGCCGUUAGAUCAAAAGACGGGGUUUUGGGUCUGAGCCAUUUUAGAUUGUUGAAGAGAUUGGGUUGUGGUGAUAUUGGGAGUGUUUAUCUCUCUGAACUUAGUGGUACUAAAUCUUAUUUUGCCAUGAAGGUUAUGGAUAAAGUCUCCCUUGAAAGCCGUAAAAAAUUGUUACGCGCACAGACAGAAAGGGAGAUUCUACAGUCUCUGGAUCACCCUUUUCUUCCAACUCUCUAUACUCAUUUUGAGACCGAUAAAUUCUCUUGUCUGGUUAUGGAGUUUUGUCCAGGUGGCGAUUUGCACACUCUCAGACAAAGGCAACCCGGGAAGCGAUUUUGUGAACAAGCUGUAAAGUUUUAUGUUGCGGAAAUACUCCUUGCUAUGGAGUACCUACACAUGCUGGGGAUAAUCUACCGGGACUUGAAGCCGGAAAAUGUUCUGGUGAGGGAAGACGGACACAUAAUGCUUUCCGAUUUUGACCUUUCACUUCGAUGCUCCGUGAGCCCGACACUUGUCAAAUCAGCGUCUUUAGACAACGAACCCCUUCGAAGGAACUCCGGUUAUUGUGUUCAACCCGCAUGUAUCGAGCCCACUUCUUGUAUCCAACCCUCCUGUGUGGUCCCCACGUCGUGUUUCUCGCCUAGACUUUUUAUGAGCAAGUCGAAGAAGAAAUCAUCAAAGGCCAAACCGGAGAUCAGACACCAGGUGACACCGCUACCGGAGCUGAUGGCGGAGCCCACAGGGGCCCGGUCGAUGUCGUUUGUGGGGACCCACGAGUAUUUGGCUCCUGAGAUCAUUAAAAACGAAGGGCAUGGGAGUGCGGUUGACUGGUGGACACUCGGGAUCUUUUUGUAUGAGCUUCUGUUUGGGAAGACUCCGUUUAAAGGGUCUGGGAACCGAGCCACUUUGAUGAACGUGGUGGGUCAGCCGUUGAGGUUUCCGGAGUCACCCGUGGUUAGUUUUUCGGCUCGGGAUUUAAUCAGAGGUUUGUUGGUGAAAGAACCACAACACAGAUUGGCUUAUAAAAGGGGAGCCACGGAGAUCAAACAACAUCCCUUCUUUGAAGGUGUUAAUUGGGCCUUGAUUCGCUGUGCCAGUCCGCCGGAGAUUCCCAGACCGGUUGAGAUUCCUCCGCCACCGGUGGCUGUGAAUUCCGCCGAGAAAAAGGCUGCCGCCAAUACCAUUGCGGUUGCACCCGAGAAAAAGGGGUCGGAUAAUUAUCUUGAGUUUGAUUUCUUUUGAUGUUUUUUUUUUUUUUUUUUUGAUGGGAUUGGGAAAAGAUAAGAGUUCCCGGAGCUCUGAAGUAAGUGAGGCCGUUGAGUAGUCGGCCAUUGUUUGAUUGAUGUUUAUUCGGUGUAUCAAUGUGAACAACAAAGAACAAACAGUUGCAAUUCUGUUUUAUUGAAAAAAAGACGAUAUUUUUGUGACUA